AGCUUUUUGACUUCAGAGACAAGUGUGGGACAUAUUAAGCAUUAAACUCGAUUUCUCUUUGCUUCUCUUCUUUUAUUUUUUAAUUAUCAUUAUUAAUUGAAAAAUAUGGCUGGUCAAAACGGUCAAGCAACAUCCGGUGUACGAGCUGGACACGAGCUCAAUGAGGCUGCUCUGGAAGCAUACCUUGUUGCCAAUGUCGCUGGCUUCGUCGCUCCUCUUGAAAUCAAACAAUUUAAACAUGGUCAAUCGAACCCUACUUAUUUGAUCAAAGAUGGAAACAAGAAACAAUAUGUUCUUCGCAAGAAGCCCCCAGGAGCUCUUUUGUCGAGCACUGCACAUGCUGUUGAGCGUGAGUAUCGUAUCAUCAAGGCAUUGGGUGACUCGACAAAUGUGCCUGUUCCCAAGGUUUAUACCCUGUGUAGCGACAAGGCCGUUAUUGGAACUCCAUUUUAUGUUAUGGAAUUUUUAAAGGGCAGGAUCUUUGAAGAUGUCCGUAUGCCAUCCAUUCCAUAUGAAGAGCGCCGAAAGUGCUGGUUCUCUGCGAUGGAAACUCUUGCCAAGUUGCACCGCGUUGAUUUCAAAGCCAUCGGUUUGGGCAACUAUGGUAAACCAUCUGGUUUUUACGAACGCCAGAUCCGCUCGCUUGCCAAGGUGUCGGCUGCUCAAGCUGCUGCUGUUGAUGAGGAAACUGGUAAUGCCGUCGGCCCUAUUCCUCGAUUGGACGAGUUGUUCGCAUGGUUCACGAAGAACCAAGUUCCUGACCAGGCAACCAUUGUUCACGGUGAUUUCAAGAUCGAUAACUUGGUCUAUCAUCCUACCGAGCCCCGCGUCAUCGGUAUUUUGGAUUGGGAAUUGUCAACCAUUGGUCAUCCAUUGUCAGACUUGUCUAACUUGUUGCAACCAUUCUACGUGCCCGCUAAGAGCAAUUUGGUCAUGCGCGGUUUCAAGAACUCGACUGAACCUUUGCCCAUCCCUCCAUCGGACGAAUUAAUGCAAGCUUACUGUAACACAGUGGGUAGCCCCUAUCCUAUUGACCGAUGGUUGUUUGCUGUCGCCUUCUCCUUCUUCAGACUUGCUGUCAUUACACAGGGCAUCGCUGCACGUGUUGCACGCAAACAAGCAUCUUCGGCUGAAGCAAAAACUUAUGCAGCCAUGUUCAAACCCGUUGCUGCCCUUGGCCUUGAGAUUGUGGAUGAAGGCGAUUUGAAACCAAGCAAGCUUUAGAUGUAAUUAAUAAUUAGUUUGUAAUUGUGCGUUUAUCUGUUCAUCCACCUCUCUUGUGUCACAAAUCCAACAAUAAGAUAAAUUCCUCUUUGAUUUUUUGUAAUAUUCCAACAACUCGUUCUCCGUCUUACUCGACCCCUCUUUCUCGUUGUUUCAAUUUGAACACAUUCUGCAUCAUCUUUCAAAGUAUAAAAUAAUUCCUUGAGGAUCUGCACACAAUAAUAGGAGCGCACUCAUUAAGGUCAUGCAAAUGUUUGUUUGUCUUUCUCCGUCCUCGUUUCCCUUUCGUACCUAGGCCAUUCCGAAAGUGUGGUGAUCUAUUGUAUGUUUAGCGUAAGGUGACUGACUAUACUGCUCGCUACCAACGCCGAUAGAGAAGGAAAACG